AUGACUCACCUUACAGUUUCAUCUCACAAUAACCUCUUCUUUACAGUUAUCAACAAACCAAAUAUACAUAAACACCAUGCAACAAAACCUUCAAGAACUAGAACUAGAACUAUCAUAACAUGUUCACAACAUCACAAGAAUCAAAGAAACUUCAUUGAAAAAGAAGUUCCUACAUUCAUUGAUACACAUCAAAGAUUUGUUGUGAGAGAGAACAGAAAGAGGAAAGAAGAGAAAGAAGAGGGAAACAGUGUGGUUCAUGAGAAAGAGGAGAAGAAGAAGGGUUCAAGUUCAAGUGGGAGUAAACAAAUGGUUAUAUUGUGUGGAUUUGGGUAUUGGUUACAAGGGUUUAGGUGUUUUCCUUGGCUUGCUCUUAAUUUUCAUAUGGCUAGUAAUCUUAAUUUGGAUCCUUCAGUAUUGCAACUUGUGCAGUAUUCUGCUAAUCUUCCUAUGGUAGCUAAACCUCUAUAUGGGAUUCUUUCUGAUGUAAUAUAUGUUGGUGGUGCUCAUAGAAUCCCUUACAUUGUCAUUGGAGUUCUUUUGCAGAUCUUUGCAUGGAACUACCUAACAUUUGUCCCUGCUGCACGCGAAGUGCUAACUGUCUUAGUUGCGACAGUGCUUCUCAGUAACUUGGGAGCAUCCAUUACAGAAGUUGCAAAGGAUGCUCUUGUAGCCGAGUACGGGAAGAAACACAAAAUUAGCGGACUACAAUCAUACGCGUUCAUGGCUUUAGCCGCAGGUGGAAUCUUAGGCAACUUGAUCGGUGGUUAUUUUCUACUGAAACUGCCUCCGAGAAUCAUGUUUAUUAUAUUCUCAUCGUUACUAUCUCUACAACUAGCAAUUUCUUUCUCAACAAGAGAGAAUUCGCUAGGCAUACAGAAACCAUCAAGUAAAAAUCUUGCAACACCGUCCAUCUCGGAGAAUAUCAGAAAACAGGUUUCGGAUCUUAUCGUGGCGAUUAGCGAUAAAAGUAUUUCUCGUCCACUUUUAUGGGUUGUCGGAUCAAUUGCCACGGUUCCCAUGCUUACAGGAUCCGUGUUUUGCUAUCAGACUCAGUGUCUAAAUCUUGAUCCUAUGAUCAUUGGUUGGUCUCGAGUGAUAGGUCAGUUGGCGCUUCUUUCAGGAACCGUGCUUUAUAACCGAUAUUGGAAAAAGUUUCCAAUGAGAAAGCUAAUAGGCGCGGUGCAGAUUCUAUACGCUACGUCUCUACUUCUUGAUCUUGUUUUGGUUAGACAGAUAAAUCUUCAAUUCGGAAUUCCUAACGAGGUCUUUGCUCCUUGUUUUUCGGGUUUAGCAGAAGUUCUAGCACAGUUUAAACUCCUUCCCUUCUCGGUUCUAUUCGCAAGUUUAUGUCCAAAGGGUUGUGAAGGAUCACUCACCUCUUUCCUUGCAUCAGCUUUGAUCCUAUCGUCAAUAGUCAGUGGCUUUUUUGGUGUUGGAUUAGCCUCUUUGCUCGGCAUUACAUCCGGUGAUUACUCAGGCUUGACAGUUGGAAUUCUCAUACAAUUCGUCGCAGCUUUACUACCUUUAAAAUGGAUUGGUUCGGUACCUAUGUCACAGCCUGAUUCAGAGGAGAAGCAAAGGAGAAAAAGUAUGAGUAGAAGAACGCGAAGAAACAGAAGAGUUGGAAAAGUUGUGAUCAGUUCGAUUAAUGCCUAUAGGCGCGAAAGAGAAUGGGAACCACAAAGUUGA